AUGACAGAGACCUUUGGUGUUGUGUUUGACAUUGACGGCGUGCUGAUGAAGGAUGGCGUCGUCAUACCACGCGCGGCGGAAGCUCUGAGUUUGCUACACGACCAGGCCACAGGCCAACCGAUCGUCCCCUAUGUCUUUGUCACGAAUAACGGCGGUUUCACCGAAAGAGAAAAGGCAGACAAGAUCUCAUCAGUCUUGGGAUUCAAGAUUGAGGAGGACAGGGUUAUGGUGGCACAUACACCAAUGAGACCUUUGGCAGAGAGGUAUGCAGAUGGCAAUGUAUUGAUCGUGGCAAGGAAUCAUCAGACAGCAUUGAACUUGGCCAAAUGGUAUGGAUUCAAGAAUUGUACCUCUAUCUAUGAGUAUGUCGAGAAGAGACCCUAUUUGAACCCUGGCAGGCGAUGCACCUUCUGGACUACUGGCGUCCAGACUGACUACAAAAUAGAUGAGCCGCAAGAAAAGGAGCAGUUGCCCUUCAAGGCCAUCAUCUUCUUUGAGAAUCCCGAAGACUGGGGAGAAAGCAUCCAGGUGAUGUCAGAUAUACUUCAGAGCAAGGAUGGAUUAAUAUCAAUGAAUCACAUUGAUCGCUCUGAGACCCAGGUGAUUGAUCUUCACGUUGCCAAUCCAGACUUCUCAUAUGGUGGCGAGUUUGUACUGCCUCGCUACACCACCGGUGCCUUGAUCACAUGUCUGUCCACACUUUUCAAGAUCGAGACAGGCAAUGAUCUAAAGGUAACAUUCUAUGGAAAGCCAGAGGCAACGACUUAUCAAUAUGCAAAGGUGUUGAUGGAUGCUCAGUUGAAGAAGUUGAACCUGGCAGCACCAAAACAUAUAUAUGCAAUUGGCGAUAAUCCUCAAUCCGAUAUCAUGGGUGCCAAUCGAUUGGAACAUGAAGGUUGGGUGAGCAUCCUUGUUCGCACUGGUGUCUUCAAGGGUGACAACGAUGCCAAGAACCCUGCCAAACACGUCGUGGACAAUGUAUACGAAGCCAUCCAAUUAAUCCGAAAGCAACAU